UUCGCCGUUCGGACGUGAAAAAUCGUCACGGUGUUCGCAACAAACGGGAAUCGAGGAAAAGCGAGGAAAAACGGGUGCAGAGACAGCCGAUUGGGAAAUAUGUGCGCCUGAGUUUCCCAGCCAAAAGGCAAAGUGCCAAAUGCUCUGAUAAAUAAUUCCAGUAAUAAUCAGCGCGAUUAAAAUCUACGCGCCACGCAAAACAAAAAUUCAAACGCAGCGAGAAAAGUGAACAGCAAGCGCUUUGCAAAUUAAAUUCUUUGCCAGUGCCAAAAAGAAAAAAUAAAAUAAAAAACCGGAGAACUGUUUAAACCUUAAAGCGAUUAAGUCGGUAAAAUAUAAUAUUAUAAUCUCAAGAUGGCCAAUAGCCGGAGCAAUUUCCUGACAAUCGGAUUACUUUUGACCCUGGUCGCCAGCAGUCAUUCCCAUCUAAAUAUCUUCUUAAAUCUGCACGAGGUGUUGCGUUUAAUCGGAGUCUCAGCUGAGCUGUACUACGUGCGAGAGGGUGCCAUUAACGACUACGCCUUGAACUUCGCCGUACCCGUGCCGGCGAACAUCAGCGACGUGACCUUCACGUGGCAGUCGCUGGUGGACUACCCACUGCCCUACAGCAUCAACAUCGCCACUUCGGACACGGAGGUGUUGCCCCGGCCCAUGCUGAACAUCUCCCGGAUCGGGGAUGUGCCCAUGGAGCCGCAGACCUGGGGCAUUGCCCUCAAGUGCUCGGGCACGAGGAAUGCCGAGGUCACGGUCACUAUCAAUGUGGAGGUGAUCCUGGACAGGGCGACCAACAACAACACGAACCUGAUCUUCAAGCGCAAGAAGAUCUGUUUGCGGGAGGAGCAGGAUAGUGCACACGAGGAGUACGACGACGAUGAUGUGGACCUGAUGCAAACCGCACGAGGUGGCGGAGGAGGCGGAGGACAUGGCAGCGAUAUCCACUAUGUGGAUCGCAACGAGGAGCAUGUGGUGGCAAAUGGACACCUGUCGCCGGAGCGGGAGCGUGAGAGGGAGAAGCAACGGCCGAUGGUCACAGAGUCACCGGUGAAUGUGGGCAGGGGAAAUUCUGGCGGAUCCAAGCGAGACUUUGAUCCCAUGCUUAGGGAGAACCUGGUGCCGCCGGCCAGUGGCCUGGUCACCCUCAUUGUGGGCGGCAUUCUGGCCCUGGUGCUGGUCUCCACUCUCAUCCUGAUCGCCUACUGUGCCAAGGGUCCCUCCAAGCGUCAUCCCUCGAACGGGGUGCACCUGAUCAAGACGUCCAGUUUCCAGCGUUUGCCCACCAUAUCGUCGACGGCCCACAACUCGAUAUAUGUCUGCCCGUCGACCAUCACACCCACUUAUGCCACGCUGACGCGGCCCUUUCGCGAAUAUGAGCAUGAGCCUGAGGAGUUCAACCGCCGCCUCCAGGAGCUGACAGUCCAGAAGUGCCGCGUCCGGCUCUCCUGUCUCGUCCAGGAGGGAAACUUUGGCCGGAUCUAUCGCGGCACUUACAACGACUGCCAGGAGGUACUGGUCAAGACCGUGGCCCAGCACGCCAGCCAGCUGCAAGUGAACCUCCUGCUCCAGGAGUCCAUGAUGCUCUACGAGGCCUCGCAUCCGAAUGUCCUCUCCGUGCUGGGCAUCUCCAUCGAGGACUAUGCCACGCCCUUCGUUCUCUAUGCCGCCACCGGAAGCGUGAGGAAUCUGAAGAGUUUCCUGCAGGACCCGUCGUACGCCAGGAGUGUCACCACCAUCCAGACGGUGCUCAUGGGCUCCCAACUGGCCAUGGCCAUGGAGCAUCUGCACAACCACGGCGUCAUCCACAAGGACAUUGCGGCCAGGAACUGUGUGAUUGAUGAUCAGUUGCGUGUCAAACUCACGGAUAGUGCCCUAAGUCGUGACCUCUUCCCGGGAGACUACAAUUCUCUGGGCGAUGGCGAGUACCGACCCAUCAAGUGGCUUUCGUUGGAGGCUUUGCAAAAGUCGCACUAUAACGAGGGUAGUGAUGUCUGGUCCUUUGGCGUCCUCAUGUGGGAAAUGUGUACGCUGGGAAAGCUCCCCUACGCCGAAAUCGAUCCCUACGAGAUGGAGCACUAUCUCAAAGACGGCUAUCGACUGGCUCAGCCCUUCAACUGCCCCGAUGAGCUCUUUACCAUUAUGGCCUAUUGCUGGGCCUCGAUGCCAACUGAGAGACCCUCGUUCAGUCAGCUACAGAUCUGCCUAUCGGAGUUCCACACCCAGAUUACCAGAUAUGUUUAACCAGCGGUGCUGAAACAUGCCAAGACCUGUAAAUAUAACAAGAGGCGACGUCGCAAGAUUUUCCAGCAGACCACGUCGUCCACUCUGUUCCCAAAGACAUAUUAAAUGGUAGCGCCUAGAUAUUGGGGUUAGUAGCAGAUCCCCACAAGUACAUACAUGAAUGACUUAUGAGAAAGUAAGAAUUAUAUAGCAGGAGAGCGAGACAAUGAUGUCUCCCCACAUAACUCCUAGUUGUAUGUUUAGCCAGUAAGGACAUGUGACAUUUCAAUGCAAAAGUAAGGAUUAUAUAUAAAACAUACACACACUUACUGAAAUCGCCUGUUAAGACAAACACACACACACCCGUUCUCUCGAUAAGAAGAGCUAAGUCCCAGUUAAAAGUUAUCUCGAAGACUCCAGCGUAAAAUAAAAAGAAAUAGCAAAUAUUGAUAUAGUAAUCAUAGCUAAAGCAGAUCCAUUAAAAUCAGAGUCCCACAAAAAAACCAGUGCUAGGAUAGGUCCCCAAACAAAAACAUAAGUCGUAGUUGUGAAAGAGAGCGUUGCAAGUUUGUCAUUAUAAUGGGAUACCAAUACGAUACCGAAACAUAUAUCUAUGUAAAUGUAUUCACUUGUGUGUUUAUGUCUAAGAACCGUAGUGCUAGUAAGAACUCGAAAUAUUUAUCUAAUGUUAGUGCACACGCGACCCGAAAUCUUUAACCCUAAGUUACUGCCCCAUACAGUCUCGAGUUGUAAGUUUUUGUGUAAUAUACUUAAGCAGUUUGCAUUAGUUGUUAAGUUACUCUUUAUGGUUUUCUAUGGCAAAGACACAAAAGAAAAACGAUUUCAAUAAACGUCCGUGCAUAAUAUUUAAAAACAAAA